AUGAUGUUUAUCCACGAGGCUAUGGCCGGAGCUCAUAUAUUGCGACUGAAUGAACAGUCCUCACGCAAGGAAUAUGAGUUGAUUACAAAUACGGCCUUGAUUUUUCCUUUGCUUUGGGUAUCAGAGAGAGGCUACUCACUGCACUUGGGUCUCUCCCCUUCAUAUAUUGACACACCUGAAUUAAUACACUUGGAAACAAACACGAAUUUCGAUAUUCAUGCCCAAGGGUUAAUAGAACUCAUCAAGCUCUUUAUUGCAUUUGAUCAAAUCUCCAUACGGCGUAACUCGCGUCUUGGGAUCACCACGGCUACAUAUUUAACCGACACCGAAGCGAAGCUUGCUUCGCUAUGCUUCAGUAUGGUCAAUUACGUUUCAACCCGAACGGCAGACUAUCACAUCACGCGGGAGUGGAUGAGGACCAUUCUUUGGCAGGAAGCACUGACUAUGGGCCUGUUGUCAUCGUCAGCAUCUACAUCCGUCCUGGAGUUUGAAUUUCCAGCGCAAAUUGGCCGUGCCUUAUUGCAGGCCCUGCGGGGAUUCAGUGAAACGGAUUUGCUCCCAUUGGGACGAGAUCAGGCUAGUAGCUUUGUUGUCAACUCACUCGCGGACACGGUCCUUUUAUCCCCACACAGAAUAAACUCGCGGUUCGAAUUAGGACCACAAGACUUUCUGCAUGCAUUGUACCAGAAGAUCGUCCCCUUCCUCGAACAGGAUACUAUGCUAAAGUCAAUCCUUCGUGGUAAAACUGCUGAAGCCCUAGUCACGGCCCCGGCCCGACUACUGACGAUUGGGGAGGAAGAUGCGGGCUUGUACUCGGGCGAACAUGGACCGGCUGAGCAGGCUCAUAUGACCGGAUUCACAACAAACGGCGAGCAUGAUGAACAAAAUGAAUUGACGCUAGAUUUCUUGGAUUGGCUACAACAAUCGGAUCUUCAGAUAAUCUGA